ACACGCACACCUCGUCUUCUUCCUCCUCCUCUUCCUCCUCCUCCUCCUGUCCCGCCGCCGAGGCGCUGGAAGCGCAGUUCAGCUGCCCCAUCUGCCUGGAGGUUUUUCACCGAGCCGUCGGUAUCGCGGGCUGCGGACACACCCUGUUUUUGGGACACCUUGGUCUCUCGUGGAGGCCGUGGCUUUGCUUGGUCCCCCUCCACUCCCCCCCAGCUCUUUCGGGGCUGGGGGCACUUCAUGCCGGAGCAAGGAGCACCGUGACUUUGCCCCCCCGCCCCCGUGCAGCGGCAGAGGCUUAGCAACGUGUCGUUCCCCCCCCCCCCCCCCCGCCGUUCUGGGUGACGUGAGCUGGGUGGGCAGGCGGAGGGGACAGGGACCCCUGUGACAAUUGACUUUGUGGGUACGGAGCCGCUUUGCCUCCUGCCCGGGGCUGCCUCCCUCACGCUUCUUCUCCGCUGCUUUGAUUUCUCAUCCGCGUUCCUGCAGGCGUAAGGGACCUUGAAAGGAGGUGAGCCGUGGCUCUGACACGCUCGCUCGCUUUAUUCCUGUCCGGCCUGGAUGCUCGGCACCGGUUUUUAUUUUGGCUCCCUUCAAAUCCGCUCCCGGAUGCGGGUCUCGGAGCAGCGGCGUUGUCUGCGCCCCGGCUUUACGUCCAGUGAGCUCCUUCAGGGCUUGGGCUGUGCCUGGCCUCCCCGUGCCCUCUCCCAAGCUCCUGGUUCUGUCCCGUUCCUCCCAGUGUGGAUGCCAAUCCCUGGGUUUUGGGGCUGCCCUGCAGCCUGGGGAGUGCAGGAGUCCCCGAGAACGAGUGUGCCCUGGGGCUGGGGUCUUGCUUACCCCUCUGCCCUCCUCCUCCUCCUGGGCCGGGACGCUGCUGGGCCACUCGACGCUGCUCUCUGUGCCCCCAGGUUUUGCGGGGAGUGCCUGCAACCCUGCCUGCAAGUGCCAUCCCCGCUCUGCCCGCUCUGCCGCAUGCCCUUCGACCCCAAGAAGGUGGAAAAGGCUUCCAGCGUGGAGAAACAGCUUUCGUCCUACAAGGCUCCCUGCAGAGGCUGCAGCAAGAAGGUGACCCUUGCGAAAAUGCGCUCUCACGUCUCAUCCUGUGCGAAGGUGCAGGAGCAGAUGGCCAACUGCCCCAAGUUCGUUCCAGUUGUCCCCACGUCCCAACCUAUUCCCAGCAAUAUUCCCAAUCGCUCAACGUUCGUGUGCCCGUACUGUGGGGCCCGGAACCUGGACCAGCAGGAGCUGGUGAAGCACUGCAUGGAGAACCACCGCAACGACCCCAACAAAGUGGUGUGCCCAGUCUGCUCAGCCAUGCCCUGGGGGGACCCCAGUUACAAGAGUGCCAACUUCCUCCAGCACCUCCUCCACAGGCACAAGUUCUCCUACGACACCUUUGUGGACUAUAACAUCGAUGAGGAGGCAGCAUUGCAGGCUGCCCUGGCACUGUCGCUCUCUGAGAACUGAGGGUGACUGUGGAGCAUCGGUUCAGACCCCCCUCAUCACCCCGACUCCUUUUGCACACUUGGCCUUCCUGCCAGGGAGGCACAGAGCUCGUCAACCCCCGGCACACCCGGAGACUCGCUGCCACCUCUCUUCCCUCUCCUCCCUGGGCAAAUCCCACCUUGUUUAAGAAGGUGGAGUCUCUUUAGCAUCGCACUGAACCGGCGAGUGAGCAGAGACGUCCGCUGUUGGGAUGAGAGAGGAGUCGGCGCCGAAGGGCUGGGAUCAUUCCUCGGUUAGGCAUUUCAUAUCCGUAUACGGAGUAUAUACCUGUAUCCAGAUCUAUUUAUUAUUAGAUGCUUUUUGGCACCAUUUGUCUUCAUGCUCUCUGUUGCAAUUGAAUAGGUACGUAAAACUAUGAUGCAUUUUAUGCAGAAAUGCCCUACUUUGAAACUGCCAUUAUCCACAUCCUUUUUGAAAAGGAAGAAAACGGCACGGAGCAUCUUUUUUUAAACUCUGCAAGGCUAUUACCAGAGACGUCGGUCUGUCCCGUCCCCCAUGCUGCAGGCAGGAGCUGCCUCCUUUGCCUGCUACUGCCCAGGCCAGGCUGAAUCCCAGGGCGAGACGGUUGCCCUCGUGUGCCCUGUGAUGGCAGCGGGUUCGGAGGAGUCCAUGGGGACGGUGUCCGGCGUUCAGUGAAACUCUCACCUUCCUCGUUUUGUACCAGCUCUUGUGAUACUGAGUUCUUGCAUUUUUCUACAUUAAUCGGCGUGAUGCCUUUUCCACGUUUUAUAGAGUGGGAACAGAAGCUGUUACUCUUCACACUGCAAUAUCCGUCACCGGGGACAAGAGUAUUUUUAUGGAACAUUAUUAAGAAAGUAUAUUUUUAAAAAAAAAAAAACCCAAACAAAUGAACAUGCUGUGGAUUUGAAAUCAGGCAGGAAGCAGGAGCCGGACCCUGGGCCGGCGGGUGGGACUCCGCGGGGGCCGUGGGAAGAUCGCGGGUGUCCUCUUCGGUUGUUUUGGGGCCGUUCCCUUCCCUUGUCGUCGUGUUUCUCCGCAGGCGGGUGGUGAUGCAGGAGAGGCCGGGUCAGAGCAGCACCUCGUCAGCUGGAGGAACGGCUGCCAAGCAGCUCGCUGGGCUGCCCUUUUGAGGAGCAGCGGCACCACUUCCAUUCUCCAAGAGCCGCUUGGCCAGCCGUGCUCUCUGAGCUGCUAACCCUCUCCAGGACGCGUGGUCAGGCUCGGGAUGGCUUAACCCUUGCAGGCAGAGCUUCUGUGGCAGUGCUGGAUGUGGCCGCGGGCAGGGCGUAAUCUGGAGCGAUGGUUUUGUCUCUGCGAGCGGGCAGCGAGGGAGCAGGCAGGUUAGUUGUGGCACGCUGGCACUCGGUGCAGAGCAGCCGGGUUGUGUCUGGGCGAUGGGUGUGUGGGAGGGACGUCUGCCCAUGCAAGACCCCAACGCUGAGCAUCUUGUCCCCCUGAAAUAGGGGAUUGCGUUUCCCUCUCCCAGGUCUCUCCCUGGGUAUAGGGCACACCUGGGCAGAUGUUGAUCUGAGAGAUGCUCCAUAGCAUCCCGGUGACCUGUCCCCCCUGGUCCCCUUCCUCUGCUCUGCUGGGCUGGGAGAGGGUGGCAGGGAGAUCUCCUCUGCCAGGCCUUGGAUGGGCUGCUGCCAGCCUGAGCGUGGCCCCCCUGUGCAGAGCUGCCUGCAGGGACCCCGACACCCUUUGGGGUCACACCAGCGACGGGAUCAGCCCAAGGCUCUCGGUGGAGGAACCGCGGGGAGGCGGUGAUGUGUGAUACCCGCAGACCUGCUAGUUCAGCACUAAUCCCACAGCACCAGCCGUGCCGCGUUCCCGCAGGGGUUUGCAGAGAAAGAGGUGUGGGAGAGCAAUCCCUCUGCGUGUCCCUGCUUGGAGAAGUGCCCUUUCGUGGUUUAUCCAAGGCCUGGCUCCAGCUCCAGCUCUGCUCUAGCAAUACUGUCUUGUUUUUUACUUUUGAUUUAAAUAGUACUGGGUGUUUUGGGGGCCUGUGAGCUCCCCCGUGCCACCUGCAGCCCUACCAGGAGCAUGCAGAGACCAUCCGCUCCCCUGGCAGAGGGCAGGGAAAGGGCUGGAGCUGCUCCGCUCCCCUCCCUCAAGCCCGCUAGCGAGGAGGGAUGGGGUCUUCUCUUACCAGCAUGGCAUUGCUGGCACCUGCCCAGCCUGGGGGCUGUCCCUGGUGGGACGGAGAGCACUGGCGUCUCCCAAAAGGGACCCAGGAGGGUUUCCCUGUCCCAUCCUCAGCUGGGACCCUCGGGUCCCAGAGCAGCCUCCAUCAGAGCUCUCAGUUGCAGGGAGCUCCCUGCCUCUGGGGCAGCACUAUUAACCUCUCUGUCUCCUUCGUCCUCCUCCUCCUCCUUUUUGCCCUGCAACACCAGAGCAGGGGCAGCAACGGCUGCUUUUGUAAAGCACUUUAAGGGCCCAGGCUGCGAGGGUGCAGGCAGGCGCUGCACUGCACAGGCAGCUCCUGCCUCUCCCCACUUUGUGCAGGGUCAGGUCUGGCUCUGCCUGCCGCCGGCCGGGCUGUGCCGGGGCUCCCGCCGUGCCACCGGCCGUGCUCGUUAGUGUGUUACCUGCGACUUUUUGCAUAACUAGAACUUUUAACGAGACGUACUGUUUUUUGAAAAAGAAUAAAAUCAAUGACGUAUUUGUAGCAAACCAUUUUUCUCAAUAAAGGCAGUUUCAUCCACA